AUGGCUCUGCCAGCACCUUCACCUAUUCAUCUGCUACGUUCACAUUCCACUGCAGUGAGCACUCUGUUCAUUUCUACGGACAACGAGAGAAUCUACUCCGGAGAUAGCGCAGGGCAAGCCAUCGUCACUUCCACGCGCUCAUUGAGACCACUCGCAUCAUGGAAAGCUCACACUGACUCACUGCUGGGCAUUGAAGAAUGGGGCUCUCAAAUCAUAACACAUGGAAGGGAUAAUAAACUCCACGUCUGGGUACGGCCCGAGGAGUCCGCUUCCAUCAGACAAGGACCUGCAACUUUGUCAGAUCUAUCAACACCAACGAUAUGUUACUCUAUGGAUGUCAACGCUCUUAACUACUGCAGGUUCUCUCUCCUUGAAGGUCUACUUGCCGUUCCGAACCUCGUGGAAUCAGCUCUUGCAGAUAUCUGGUCACUUCCAUCGCGUCAAAGGCUCCACGCUGCCAUAGGUGAUCCACUGGACACCUCCACAACAGCCUUCUCGGAUGGCAGGUCGGGCAGCAAGUCAGGAAUCAUCAUGUCAAUGCAUCUUUUCUACUCUACGUCUUCCGCACCUUCAUCCUCUACGUCGGCAAGAGAGCUGCGCCUGUUAUGUGCAUACGAAGAUGGAAGUGUCGUCCUGCGAAAGCGGACUGCACCUGAGAACAAACCGACCGUCGAGGGCCGGGGAUGGGAGGUCGUUUGGAAAUCCAGACUUCAUGUAGAAUCAGGUUCACCGCACUUUGCUUUGACAGUGUCAGCGGACCAUUUAGUGGGACGAUAUGAUCUUCUGAAGACCCAGGAAGAGGCCUCAGAAUCCACCUCAGCAGGAACUGCAUUCAAGACCAAACAUCCAGGAAAUGGUGCUGUUGCCAUACGGAGCGACGGGAGGGUGUGUGCGAUUGGGGGAUGGGACGGCAAAGUGCGGUUAUACUCGACGAAGACAUUGAAGUUGCUAGGAACCCUUGUGCACCACAAGCAAGGAUGCCAGGCGGUUACGUUCGCCUCUCAUACUGACUGUGUACCUCUUUGUGGAGAUUUGAAGGAGGAUGACUUCUCUGAUGACGAUGAUGAAAUUACCGUCGAGGAAAAGCAUGCCCGUGGUCGGUGGUUGAUUGCUGGCAGUACAGACGCGAAGGUGUCGAUUUGGGCGUUGAUAAAUUUCGAGAAGGCAAGCGCCGUUUAA